CCAGCCCAACCCAGCCCUCACGGCGCUCCAGCCCGUGACUCGGCUGUUUCUCCCUGCCCCGCCCCGGCUGCUCGGGGGAGGCGGGCGCAGGAAGGGGAGGGCGAUGCGGGGAGGGAGGGAAGGAGGGAGGCGGUGAGGGGAGCAGCCGACGCACAAGAUGGCCGCUGCUGGAGCGGCGGCGGCGGGGCGGCGGCGGGCGAUGGCGGCGCUGCCCCGGGGCCCGCGGGUACUGCCGGAGGAGCAGCAGGGCGCUGCUUCAGCCCCCGUGUGCCGGAGCUGAGGGGGUCGGUGGGCGCUACGGGGAGCCCGGCCCGUGUGGUUAUGUUUCACACUAUGUGCUGACUGUCUGUACUUACAGAAGAUAUUUAAAGACAAACAGACUUUUUUUUCCCAAGAUUUUGAUUCCAGUGGAAUCUGUGCUUUAGAUUUUUGUCCUGUCAAUUAACUCCCGAAGCAAUGCCUGUACAAGCUCCACAAUGGACGGAUUUUCUCUCCUGCCCCAUUUGCACACAGACGUUCGACGAGACCAUCCGGAAGCCCAUCAGCUUGGGCUGCGGCCACACCGUCUGCAAGAUGUGCCUCAACAAGCUGCACCGCAAGGCAUGUCCCUUCGACCAGACCACUAUCAACACAGACAUUGAGCUCCUCCCUGUCAACUCUGCCCUGCUGCAGCUCGUGGGGGCUCAGGUUCCUGAGCAGCAGCCAAUUACUUUAUGCAGUGGAGCUGAAGACACCAAGCAUUAUGAGGAGGGCAAGAAAUGUGUGGAAGAAUUGGCAUUGUACCUCAAACCACUCAGCAGUGCCAGAGGUGUGGGUCUCAACAGUACUACUCAGAGCGUGCUGAGUCGUCCCAUGCAGAGGAAACUUGUGACAUUAGUCCACUGCCAGCUGGUGGAGGAGGAGGGGCGGAUCAGAGCCAUGCGAGCGGCGCGGUCACUGGGCGAGAGAACGGUCACAGAGCUCAUUCUCCAGCACCAGAACCCUCAGCAGCUCUCUUCCAACCUCUGGGCUGCAGUGAGAGCCAGAGGCUGCCAGUUCCUGGGGCCAGCAAUGCAAGAGGAGGCUUUAAAGCUGGUCCUGCUGGCUCUGGAAGAUGGAUCUGCUCUGUCACGAAAGGUCUUGGUUCUCUUUGUGGUGCAGAGACUGGAGCCCCGAUUCCCUCAGGCUUCCAAAACUAGCAUUGGGCACGUUGUCCAGCUCCUGUACAGGGCCUCAUGCUUCAAGGUGACAAAGCGAGACGAGGAUUCCUCCCUGAUGCAGCUGAAGGAGGAAUUCCGGACAUACGAAGCCCUGCGGAGGGAACACGACUCUCAGAUCGUUCAGAUAGCCAUGGAGGCGGGGUUACGCAUCGCCCCAGACCAGUGGUCCUCGCUGCUCUACGGAGACCAGUCUCACAAAUCCCACAUGCAGAGCAUCAUCGACAAGUUGCAGACCCCAGCCUCAUUUGCACAGAGUGUUCAGGAAUUGACUAUUGCUCUGCAGAGGACUGGAGAUCCAGCUAACCUGAAUCGUCUGCGACCUCACCUAGAACUCCUGGCAAAUAUUGAUCCCAGUCCAGAUGCUCCACCUCCAACAUGGGAACAACUGGAAAACGGACUAGUUGCUGUGAGAACUGUGGUUCAUGGCUUGGUUGAUUAUAUCCAGAAUCACAGCAAAAAAGGAACAGAUCAACAACAGCCCCCUCAGCACAGCAAGUACAAGACAUACAUGUGCCGAGACAUGAAGCAGAGAGGAGGAUGUCCCCGGGGGGCCAGCUGCACCUUUGCACACUCCCAGGAGGAGCUGGAAAAAUUCCGUAAAAUGAACAAACGUCUGGUUCCCAGAAGACCCCUGAGUGCCUCCCUGGGCCAGCUGAACGAGGUGGGCCUGCCUUCAGGAGCUAUCCUCUCAGAGGAAGGGGGAGUGGACUUGCCCAAUAGGAAAACCUCUGCCCUGCCAAAUGGAAUUGUGUCAACAGGCAGCACGGUGACGCAGCUCAUCUCUCGAGGGACUGAUUCGGGUUAUGAAACCGCUCUGAAGCCGGGCAAGAUGGACCAUCUGAGUAGCAGCGCCCCUGGAUCCCCUCCUGACUUGCUGGAAACUGUCCCCAAGAGCUCUAUUUCUGCCUUACCAGUGAACCCUCACCCUGUGCCCCCCCGGGCCCCAGCAGAUCUGCCCUCAGUGUCUGUCACCAAGCAGUUGCAGAUGGUACCACGAGGGUCUCAGUUGUACAAUGCUCAACAAGCAGAUAUGUUUUACCAAGACCCCAGAGGAGCUGCCCCACCAUUUGAGCCAGCACCCUACCAACAAGGAGUGUACUACCCCACGCAGUCCAUGUCCCGCUUCGUCCGGCCGCCUCCCUCAGCCGCCGAGGCGGGCGCCCCGUACCUGGAGCCGUACGCGCCGUACCUGCCGGAGCGCGUGGUGAGCCCGCAGUACCCGCAGCCGCAGCAGUACCCGCCGCUGGCACAGCCCCUGUACCCCCCGCACUACGACAGCCGCCGCGUGUACCCCCCGGUGCCGCCCUACCAGCGCGAGGACGUGGUGCGGGGCAGCCCCGUGCCCAUCGACAUCCCGCCCGCCGCCGUCACCCCCUACGUGCCCGAGGCCAGAGACAGAUACCAGCAGGCAGAGGCCUAUUGCCCGGUGGCUCCGCACCUCGGCCAGAUCAGGCCUUCCUGCCACAGGCCUCAUCCCAGCCUGGAUGAACUUCACCGACGAAGGAAAGAAAUCAUGGCCCAGCUGGAGGAGAGGAAGGUGAUUUCUCCACCUCCUUUUGCACCGUCGCCAACCUUGCCUCAUCCUUUUCACUCAGAGGAGGUUUUUGUUUUUGUACAGUACUUGGAUGAAGACCUGAAGGUAGCUGGGAAAUACAAAGGAAAUGACUACAGCCAGUACUCCCCCUGGUCCUGUGACACCAUCGGCUCCUACAUUGGAACCAAAGAUGCAAAACCCAAAGAUGUUGUGGCGGCGAGGAGCGUGGACAUGGCGAACGUGGACAGCAAAGCCAUGCGGGAGCAGCGGCUGGACCUGCAGCGUCGGGCGGCCGAGGCCGGCGACGACGAUCUCAUUCCCUUCGGAGACCGACCGACCGUGUCGCGCUUCGGGGCCAUCUCCCGCACUUCCAAAGCCAUGUACCAGAGCUCCGGGCCCAUGCAGGCCAUGGCGGUUCAGGGAGCUGCCACCAAAUCCAUCAUUUCAGACUACAGUCCUUAUGGAACUCACGGUGGCUGGGGAGGCUCUCCAUAUUCUCCUCAUCAAAAUAUACCUUCUCAGGGACGUUUCAAUGACAGGGAGAGGCUGUCCAUGUCGGAUGUGGCUGGUCACGGGAAGCAGUUGCCCUCGGCUGAGCGAGAGCAGCAGCUGCGCAUGGAGCUGCAGCAGGUGGACCAUCAGAUCAGCCAGCAGACACAACUGCGGGGACUGGAGGCUGUUAGUAACAGGCUGCUGUUGCAGAGGGAGGCGACUACCCUGGCAGGCCAACCACAGCCCCCACCCCCGCCUCCCAAGUGGCCUGGGAUGAUCUCAAGUGAACAGCUGAGCUUGGAGCUACACCAGGUGGAAAGGGAAAUUGGGAAGAGAACCCGUGAGCUGAGCAUGGAGAGCCAGUCUUCACUGGAUAUGAAAAACAAACUGGGCACCGCUAAACAGACAGAAAAUGGACAAUUAGAGCCACAAAGCAAGGUUCCAGCUGAGGACCUCGCACUGACAUUCAGCAGUGAUGUUCCGAAUGGAUCGGCUUUGACCCAAGAGAACCUUGGCCUCCUGUCAAACAAGGCGGCGUCUCUGAGCCUGUCAGAGGACCCCGAGGGAGGAGGGGACAGCCACGACUCCCAGCGAGCCGGAGUCACACCCACAUCUGCUCCAUGAAGCCAGGCCAGCACACCCCGAGCUCCUCCUGCCAGGGGGGCAGCACCUUCCAUCACGUUUUUUUCCAGGGGUAAUUGGAGAAAGCCAGGAGCAGCAGCAGUAGCAGAGCAGCAGGUCCAGAGGCAAUGUGCACAAACACAACUACUAGAAACAAAUCCUGCACAUAGUUCACAUUAACGCAUUUUUUAAUUAAAAAAAAUGAAAAUUAGCAGUAUCUGCAAGCAAUUCAAAUUAAAUUUGUUUUUGUUCUGUGAAUGAACUUUAUUUUAAUAACUUUGGACGCCUUGAAUCCCAGGGCUUAAAAAAAAAGAUAUUAUAUAUAUACUCUGUUUGAUUAAUUGUAUGAUCUUAAUGAAGUAGGUUUUUUCUUUUAUUUUGGUAUUAUUACAUACCCAGUGCAUAAUUCCUUCUCACCUUAAUUUCUCAAUGACUAAAACAAUCUGGCCGCUUCCUUGUGUGGUUUAAGAGUAAACAAGGAAUGAGGGUUGGAGAGUAGCUGUGAAAUUGCAGUGUCAAAAGAUGUGCAGCAAACUUCAUUCUUAACACAGUUCCUCCCGUUGUGGCCAGGAGCUGAACCCCAGCUUCUUUCUUAAAUCAUUGAAUUUAAACUACAAGUGACAGAAUCCUUGCAAUUCAGCAGGUGUUGUGGUUUGGUUUUUUAAAGGUGGUGUUGUUUAAGGUCUGUAUGUUAGAAACUGGCUCCUGAGAGUCAGCCUGCAGCUUGUCUGGCAGUGCUGCAGUGAAUCCUUCCUGGAUUCUCCUUUCCUAAGGAAAAUAUUGCAUCAAAAUGGCCACUGGAGGUGCAGCACAAAUCCUGCCAGAAGUACUGGGAAGCAAAUUUGCUUGAUAGAUCCAAUGCUUCUCCAAGUAGAUGCUUUGUAAGUAUAAGUUGGAGAAGCCAUAAACCUUUUUUGAUGUUUUCUUUAAAAAUUAAAGAAGUGAAAGAUUUUAUUCUUGCUGCACAUUUUUUGACUCCUUUGACGUACACUGGGGUGAGACCCUGGAUACAAAGAACCCUGGAGAACGAUUUUAAAGUGCUGCUCCCUCUGCACCUUCUUGGCCUGUGUUCUCAUUUUUUUUUUUCUGGGUUAGACUACUAAAUGGGAAAGCACUGGUUAUGUAAUAAAUUACUGCAUUGCUUUGGUUGGGUAAAGCAAGAGUUAUUGAAUUUUCUUGGGUUUUAGUUUUUUUCCUUAACCUUAACUCCUGCUGAGGUCGUAGCAACCUUGGGCUAAGCUUUGCAUUCAUCAUACUGUUAAAUAAAACAAAAGGGGGGGUGGGAGGGGAUACAGUCCCACUAUUGCCUACCAGUAGGAGAGUCCAAACAGAAGACUCUUUUGAGUAGCAAUUAUUUAAUUUGCCCAGUCAAGGCACCGCGUUUAUAUACUAUUUCACAUUGAAUUUGAUUAUGCCCUACAGACCUGGCUGGUCAAGGAUUUGAUACACAUAUUGGCUUGGGAUUCGAGCUUUCUUUUUUAUUUAAAUAAAAAUUUAUAUAUAAAUAUAUAUAUACAUAUAUACAUAGUUAUAUCUGUAUAUAUAUUGGGUAUGUUUUAAGAAUUUUUUCGCAUGAGCGCAGCUGUUGUGAUCAAAUGUCUGGGAGGUAGAAGCACUGAAUGAAAAUAAAGGCAUUUUUCAGCUCACA